GGAUGCUGCUGCACACAGGAGGAGAAAGGCAUGGCCUCCAGUCGGAGGAUGGGAUGAACACUGAGCAGUGACCACAGGGGGUUAAAUCUAAGCUGCUGCGCCCAGAGACCGCAACAUGAACCUCAGAGAUGAAGAAAAGCAGAAACUGGAUAAUUUCCUGACUGACCUGUCUUUACUAGGAUCCCUACAAGGUUUCCGAUAUUUUCAGCCAUGGCUGAGGGGAAGAGAAGAGAUUUUACUGACAGUGGUGAAUGAGGAUCUGAGCUGUCCACCUCCUCCGUCUCCGGGGUCUGUCAGCAGUGAGAUCAGUUAUCACCUUCCUACCUGCAGCAGUGACCAGUCCACACCGAGAGGUUCUGGCCUGCUGCCUCCUGCGUCUCCAUGUGAUAGAGAAAUUGCUAUCCCGGAAACGCACUGCACUCUUUUUCUGCUGGCCGCGUAUGCCAAGUAUGGCCGCCCCUAUGUGUGGGUGAGGUCCAAUCAUGAGCGAUUCACUGGCACAGAACUCUGCGACAAAGACUCGCCCCUGAUGCUGCCAUCGUACUCCCAAUGGGACUCUAAGGAUGUGGGCGUGUGGCACAUUGUGUGGGAUGUAGUCAGCGCCUGUGUUUCCCCGCCCCCGAGGAACCCUCUGGCUGUGGACUUUGUCUACCUGAAAUCCCUCCCCCUUCCAGAGAGGUCGCUGUCAUCCGGGGCUUUGGUCAGUUUUUUCCAUAGUUUAUUGUUGAGAGAACCUCGAGGAACCCCGCUGUUUUCUUAUGUCUGGGAGGAGCUAGCCGACCUCACCCGUCUCCACGCGCACACCCUGCAGGAUCUAAAGGAGCAGAACCUGAUCAAGAACCUGAUCUGAUGAUGUCCAGCCCCAACCUGAGCACAUAGGAUACAGAGGACCAACAAUGUCACGUCCCCAAAAAUAUGUUUCCUUCCUUUAUCCGAAUGUUAUGCAAAUGUAAUAAAGGAGC